AGUCCCUUAAAUCAACCAAAGAUUAUGUAGUUGUAGUUAAACACUUAAUAGAUAAUCCUGAAAUAAAAACCUACUUGGAAACACAGGUAUUAGUAGUGCCUAUAGACUAUCCUGGACAACUUUAUAUACGGCGUGCCAUUGUACAUCAUAUUAAAGCCAUAAGAUCUGGAAUAUCGGAACAAAUUUUGCAUAUUGUUCCAAUGAUUGGGCCAUUGCAUGUAUCUUUAAAUAGUCGUGAAACU